GCUCCGAGCUAAGCUAACGACGCGGAGCUGCUCCCAGUUUAAGACGGAACCAUCACAAGUGCGGACACUUGUCUCGCUGGCGAGGAGCCAGUCCUGAUCACUGUGCGUGUGCGUGUGCCUGUGCGUGUGCGUGUGCCUGUGUGAAGCCCUCCCUCUGGGUGAGACUGGCUCUGAGCCAGUCCUCUGUCGAUGAAGAUGUCCCUGGCCCAGCGAGUGCUCCUGUCGUGGAUCUUCUCCCUGAUCUUCCUCAUCAUGCUGGUCCUCAAGCUGGACUCUAAGAUUAACUGGAGCUGGUUUAUCAUCUUCCUCCCUGUCUGGACCUUUGACACCAUCCUCAUCCUCAUGCUGAUAGUGAAGAUGGUGGGGCGCUGCAAGCCGGACUUUGACCCCCGCGAUGGCGAGCAGAGCCUGAAGAGGAGGCUGUGGUACCUGACCGCCUUGCUGCUGAAGCUGGCCUUCUGCCUGACGCUGUGCUCCCGCCUGGAGAGGCUCACGGACAUGUGGGUCAGUGUGGUGUGUGUCCCUCUGUGGGUGCUGCUGGGCGGGGCACUGGUGGAGCUGGGACACAGUGUGUUCCACUACAGGAGGGAAUGACCCACAGGACUGUUGAAAUACAACACAACUGACCAAAGGUUAUGCUCAAGUGUCUCUCGCUUGGGACGCACCAAUCUGACCUACUGGAUUGGUAUCGGGCCGACACUGACCCGAUAACGUGGAUCAGGUACCGCUCAGACAUGACACAGCCACAUUUAAGUUUCUUUGUCAAUGCCACCAUGAAAUUCACUGCGCCGGCUUCAAGUCACAUUUACAUCCCGGCAGGUUGCAGACUCGGUGACAUGGGGUCUGGGCAGUUUGGCAUCUUGAGAACAAUCCCAGCCGUCUCAUAGUUUUGGUCUUCAUGUCGCCUUUUAAGCUUGUCAAGGAGAAACCGUUUUUAUUUUACAUUAGCUAGACCUGUACUGUAAGACUUUAAGGAGUGUGGCAAACACACGCGUGAUCUCCUUUGUCCAAAAUCAGUUACUUGUUACACUAAAUGUUGGUCUUUUAGUUGUGAUCUUAUGGAACUGGAUGUGUGUGCCUCAAAGCCUUAUUAUACCCGUUUGUAAAAUCACAUACAUCACUGAUUCCUGUAAAGAAACCUCACUACUUCUGUGUGAUGUACAUGAUGUUUUGCAUAUGAUGUAUUACAUUAUUUGCCAGUAGUUUACAUCCCAAGAUGUCCCUGACAAGUUGAAUGUAGAGCCAUAAAUUUAUAUCAACUAUUGUCAUCAAACCUCAUGACAUCGGUGCAGUGGUCUUCAGUAUCGGACCAAGUCAUCGCCAAGGCGCUUAUGUAGCAAAAAAGACAACGACUAAAGCUUUAAUAGAAUGAAAUGCAGUUGAGACUUCCAACAACUCAUUAUUUGAACCAUUUAUUGAGAGGUUCUCAUCAGAGUAUAAAUCACACUACCAAGUCUUAUCUUAGGAAGUAAAAUGUAUUUACAACAAUUUUCACACAUUGGUUUCAAAUAAAAACGGACAAUAAAUGAUAUAAAUAAGUUC